AUGGGUGAUUUAGGGUUGAAUCAACACCACCAAUCCGUAUUAAUUUCUUACAUGAAAUUUGCUAAAUACAUGAGAAAUCAAAUAUUAAAACAAGUAAAUGCUUCUUUUCAAGAUACUGAAUCGAGAUUAUACGAUGACACUUUUACUAAAGAAGAAAUAAAAGAAAUCAUUGGGGAUUUGGAAAAAAUAAUUCAAUGUGACGUUGAAUCCGAAUUGAUUAAUUUCUCUCAUAACAACGUUUUAUUACUAAAACAAAUAUUCAAACAGGCAGAAAAAUGGUAUUUAAGAUUAGACAUAAAUCUAUCAGAAUCACAAAAUCAAGAAGAAUUGGAAAUGAUAAAAUUAUUAGAAUUCGACGAGGGACAGUUUGCGUCUGGACCACAGAGUCAAAAAACGGAAAAAGAAAUUGAAGAAGGUUCGAUUGCUCUUUUAAAAAUGGAAAUAGAAAGAUUAAAUGAAGAAAAUAUGAGAUUAUCAAAUAUUAUACAAGAUUCCGAGGACAUGACUGAUUUAUAUAAAGAUGAAAAAAAUAAACUCGGAGAAAAAUUAUUAUCAGCUCAAAAAGAAAUAACAAAUUAUAAGGGUUUAUUGGAAAAUUUGCAACAUUCAAAAAACGAAGAGGAAACAAUUAAAGAAAUGGAAGAAAAAUUAAUUCAUGUAGAAAAUUUGCUGAGUAUAAAUAUAGAAAACUUAGAAGAAAAUGAAAAUAUUAAAGAUAAAUUAAAAAUUGAAUUAAUGAGCACCAAAGAAAAAGAAUUGGAAAAAAAAUUUAGCGAAACAAAAGCCUAUGCAAACAUGAAACAAAUAUUAAUGAAAAAAAAUGAACAAAUAAAAGAAUUACGACGAGAACUUUUAACUUAUCAAUCGGAUAUUAAAGAAGAAGAAAAUGAUGAUGAUGAUAAAGUCAAAGAUGAUAAUUAA